UGGACAACAAUGGAUUUAUAAUGAGUGUAUAUUCACGAUCAAUCACUGGGGAGAUCGACGAUACAUGCCGCCGAAACACGAAGACAAAAACUGCCCAAAACCCAAUCAAUAACCGCCUCCUCGUGACGGAAUAUACAUCUAAGUGUCCUGUAGGAUGCCGUUGUAGCCCAAAGGAGACUGGACACCUUAAAGGAACUUACAACAAACCCUCAUAAAGACGAGCAUUCAGAGUUGAGAGGAAUCAUCAAAGUAUGUGCACAGCAGCAUGAACGAUGCAAUAUCAGAAUUAAGAAAACGCGGAAAGAAGAAAAGUAAAAUAGAACAACUUCUCUUGGUGGACCACAGUAAUAUAUAUUUUGAAAAUGAACGACUUGCAGAACGUCUCGCUAAGUUCUUGGAUGAACUUCACAAAGACAAACAUAGACAGGAGAUGGUCCGCAACAUUGAGAUCCAAGAGCUCAAACGGGAAAUUGACAACCUUCAGGCAAUGAAAGAUGCCUCGUCAGCACAGACCAAGAAGUUCCUACAAACUCUAGAGAAUUAUUAUACAUCUAGUGCAAUACCAAAACCUGAGAAGAAAACCAGACCUCACACUACUGGAAGUUACUUCAAGAAGUCACGUGCCAAAUCAGAAGAGCGGGAACGGACAGAGAAACCAAAAAGCAAAACAAGAGCAGUCAGUGCCAGUAGACACGAAGAAUCAGUAAGUGAAAAAGAAUUCGAAAGAGCGAAGAAGCGCGAAAAACGUGCCCCUGCAGACGACACAAAAACUGAUGAUCAAUCCGAAGGUGACAAAAAGAGCCGUACUUUAAAAUACCCAGAAGACUGGUAUACAACUGUGCUACCUGCCUCUGACAAUUGUUUAAAGAAAAUUCGACAACAAUACAGAAGGGAGCAGACUGCUCCAACAAUAACAUUAUCAAAACGAUCAAAAAAGUCUGACAAAUCUAAAGAUAGUGCAAAACCUCAAACUAGUACUGCCACUGGGCAAAGAGGUCUAAGUCGAGAAAAGACUGAAGACAUGAAACAAAGAUCAGGAGUAAAUACGGCAGGGAACCGGAAGAAUUCUGUUGCAACGGAAGUGAGCAAGUCAGACAUUGACGAAGAGAUAGAGUCAAAAUCCCGAAUCAAAAUGGUUUGCCAGCAAAAGUCAAAACCGGUGAUGAUGUCUUUGAGACAAAUGAGAGAGUUAACAGGAAUGGACGGAAACAACGACAACAUGCCAAACAAAAGGCAGGAAAGACUAGACAAACAAAUACAGGAAACGAAAGUCAAAUUUCUAUCGUUAACUCAGAGGGUUAAGACAUUUGUUAAGGAACUGGACGAAAAAAUUGCUCAAGAUUUAGAAGACUCUAAACCUAAGGAGAAUGAAUCUCAUGACGAUAUGUAUUCUGGAAUAUUGCCACCAGAUCAGGACGCUGUGCCAACUUAGGAUUUCAUCACAUGUAGUACUCCAAAAAUACCCAUGUCUUUAAAACGCCAGAAUCAUGUGAUACUGAUAAUAUGAAGUAAUCAACAAGGGAAAUAAUGUUUGUUACAUAUUCGAUAUACAUGUACAUGUAUUGAGAUUUCCAGUGGAUCAUAAUUCUGCAUUUAGAAUAGUGGAUACAUGUACAUAUGCCAAAAAUUGUUAACGUGGUUAACAUGAUGUUCCUCAUGUCAAUAAACUUUCAGUCCGUUUUACAUAUUUACAAAUACAUGUAUGUUUACUCUAAGUUUUGAAUUUCAUGUGCCAUCCAUAUGUGUAGUGUUUUUGUUGGUGUAUGUACGCCUUGGAUAGAUGGUGAUGGAUAUAUUACAGUGUAAUUAAUCAAUUCAAAUUUACAACAAAACCUGUCACAAUCGAUAUUUUAAAAAAAUGCUUUUGAUGCAACAGAUAUGUAUUUUGUGUUCAAUAAAUACCAUAUGUUUAAAUUA